AUGGAUGAGCUGGAGAACACCACUGAUUACAUCAACAGUACUUUUUUGCCACCCUCUGGGUACUAUGGCAAGGGGCAAUAUUCCUUCACUGCCAUCUGGACCUUGGCAGCCAUAGUCGGUUUCCUCAUUAUCUUUACAAUCGUUGGUAAUGUCUUUGUGGUCAUUGCUGUGUUGACUAGCAGAGCUCUGAAAGCCCCACAAAACCUUUUCUUGGUGUCGCUAGCUGGGGCAGAUAUUCUGGUGGCAGCCUUGGUCAUGCCCUUCUCUUUGGCUAACGAGCUGAUGGGAUAUUGGUUCUUCGGCAACCUCUGGUGUGAUGUCUACCUGGCUUUGGACGUGCUCUUCUGUACGUCUUCUAUAGUCCACCUGUGUGCCAUCAGCCUGGACAGGUACUGGUCUGUCACUCAAGCAGUUGAGUACAACCUGAAGAGGACACCCAGGAGGAUUAAAGGGAUCAUUGUCACCGUCUGGCUCAUUUCGGCUGUCAUCUCUUUCCCACCUCUGAUCUCAAUGGACAGUGAGGAUGUGAAAUGUGAACUCAAUGAUGAGACUUGGUACAUCCUCUCUUCUUCUAUAGGGUCCUUCUUUGCCCCCUGUGUGAUCAUGAUUUUGGUUUACAUUCGCAUCUACCAGGUGGCCAAGCUGAGGACUAGGACUUUGUCAGACACCGAGAAUGGCUACAGCAAGGGGACUUCUGUCAAGUUCCCUGGGGACAGGGAGAAUGGCCAUUAUCCCCCAUCCCGUCCCACCCCACCAAAAACCACCACGGAUCUAGAUGAGUUGGACAUUGAGGAGAGCAGUAUAUCUGAGAGCAAGAGAAGGAAGAGCAGCAGUCGGGAGGACAAUACUGACUGUGGAAAGGAGAGGAAGAGCUUCUCCAAACAGUCCAGCCGCCUGUCCCGUUCUAGUAACAAAUCUAUGGACAUGUUCUCCUCCAGAAAGAAGAAGAGGAGCAGCAUCUCCAGAAGGAAGGUCACCCAAGCCAGGGAGAAGAGGUUCACCUUUGUUCUGGCCGUUGUGAUGGGGGUGUUUGUGGUCUGUUGGUUCCCUUUCUUCUUCAGCUAUUGCCUCUAUGGCAUCUGCAGGGAAGCCUGUGCCAUUCCGGAAACUUUAUUCAAGUUUUUCUUCUGGAUAGGCUACUGUAACAGCUCCCUCAACCCUGUCAUCUAUACUAUCUUCAACCAAGACUUCAGGAGAUCCUUCAAGAAAAUAAUCUGCCUGAGCAAGAGGAAGAAAUUCACUCACUGA